AUCGAACAAAAAAAUCAAAUUAUUGAAAUACUAAAACGUGAUUUAACUGAAUCGGACAAUAGAUUUUUACAAGAACAAGCAGCCCAAUGUGAAGAUGUUCGAAUUUUACAAGAAAGGAUUGAAAAUCAAGUGAAAUUUAUUAGAAAACAAUACAAAAAUCAUAUUCAAUACAUAAAGUCAACUAUGGACCAACAACGAGAAUAUAGAAUUGAUAAUGCCAAUAAAGGUUGGGAAACCCUUUUCAAUAAAACAAUAUUGAUUGAAACUGAUUCAAUAAAUAACCGUUUGGCAAUGAUCGAAAAAAAAGAAAAUAAUAUAAUGAAACAAUACGAGAUGAAUGAAGAAAUAAUCAGAAAUUUAAAAUCCAACAUGAAUACAGAAUUGAACUACAUUCAAAGGGAAUUUGAGUUAAUUAAACUUAAAUGUGUAGAUAAUGUGGAGAAACUAAAUUAUAAUUAUCAAGUGCUAAAGAGACGAGAAGAAGAAAACGCUUGUGCAAAAGCUACUCAAAGGAGAAAGAUCAAUAAAUUACAGGAUAUUUUAUCAACAAAGAAGAAAAUUUUAAGAGAAAAUAAAACUGAUUUUCAAGCCAAAGUUCCUUUAUUGCAGGGUGAAAUUGAAAAGUUGAAACAAGAUAUUGAGCGUCACGAAAAAAAGGCGGAACGAUUUGCAGAAAUCCAAGAAAAGACGUACAAAGAAUUGUGGGAUUUUUCUCAAAAAGAAAUCAAUAUUCAUUUAGAAAGAAUUUUCAAAGUCGAUAGAUUCAUAUACGAAACACAAUUAGGUAUUGAUUGGCAGCCACCACCAAAACUCAAAUAUCUUGACGUUAGCAAUCUUCCAUCUUACAGUACAAAACCAAAUACACCUAGUAAGGAAGAUAGUUUUACUAUGGACUUGCGAGUUCAGAAUGAUAAAAAAUCAGUUGACUCGUACACGGAUACCAGGGAACGGGCACUGUUGCAAUUGAUUUUUGACAUGACUAUGAAAAAUAAUUCUUUUAUAUUAGACAACGAACUGAUUGAAAUUAUUAAAUCUCAUCCGAAAAAUAAUCUUAUUUUAUUAUACAACGCGAUGGCAGCAUACGGUUUGAACAACAUCGACUCGUGGCGGUGUUUAUUAUCGUACGCCCAAUCGAUGGCGACCUGUGCGAUUUGUGAAGGUCCAGUCAUGUGGCAUAGGACUGACAUAAAUCAGCCAGCAAAUAUAGAUAGUGAAUGGAAACCCAAAUCUAGAAACAAAUUAAUCGAUAGUAUACUGAUGUUUACGGAAAAUCAUACGAAAUACACGGAAAGAACCUUAUCCGCGAACGUGUCACAAAAAAAACGUUCAAAUAAUAAUAUACAUUUUUUCAAAGAAAAGCCAACACCACUUGAUUAUGAUAUCAACACGAUUGUAAACACAAAAUAUAAUGACUAUCAGUCAUUAGAACGUGCUAAUACAGACUCUGACAAUUCGACUAUCACAUUUUCCUUAUCGCUGACAGACUUUGAACAAUUGUGCAGUGAAAAUGAUUCAAACCCAGCUAUAAAAUCUCAACACUCUCUUUCUCAGGUGGAAUUCGAACAUUUUCAAAUGGAAAACGAAGAACAAAAUAAUUUUUUAGAAGCCACACAAUUGAAAUACAGUCAAAAUAUCAAAGAAGAAAGAGAUCCAACUAUUCAAAGAAAACCAUGCGAUAAUCCUAACCAUUCCAUAACGAUUAAUGAUACAGAUUAUCUUCGUAUCAUAAAAAAAUGUAUCGAUACUUCAAAAUCAAAGGUUUUAGACCAACGUGGCCAAAAUAGUUCUGAUUUUUACUUAACAAACACUUUAAGCUUAAAAGAUAUAAGUGAUUAUUGGAAACAGUUCAUGUACGCAUUUCCUGAAGAUCGUUUGAUCCUGUGGGAUGUAUUCGAAAAAGCAAUUAUAAAAUAUUACCAAACGUUACACCUCCGCUUCAAGAAAAUGAAAGAAGUUGAACAACUAGAAACCGAAAAUAUGGAGUUAAAAAAAAUUUUAAAACAGUUUAUGGACGUGGAACAGGAUGAUGUGCGAUUACAAAAACUGUGUACUCCGAAAAUUAGAAAACAACAACAAAUGACCUCUGAAAAAAAAAAUGCAAAACCAACGUCAUUCACCGACGAUUCUAACAAUAUUUGUGGAACAUCAAUGCGUAUACUUACAGUAAAUAGACCUGAUAAAAAAAAAAAUAUUAGACCCUUCACCACUCCGACAAAAUUAUAAUAAGGCUAUAAUAAUUUAUAGUGUAUACAUAUUACCUACAUUUUGAAUAUAUUAUUAUUAUUUGAUUUUAACCUUUAUAGAUUUAAUCUUAACAUAUAAUAUUAGGAAAUAAUUAAAAAUACUUAUUUACUACUUUACUAUAGUUAGGCACUUCAUAGAAAGCUACGUAAGUAUAAAACUACCUAAGUAUAAAAAUAUAAGUUAAUAUUUUUACAUUUAAUAAACAUUAUUUGAUAUUAAU